AUGGCGUUCAGCUUCGCGACGCCCACUUCUGCCGGUGGGAGUGCUCCGGCGGAGCUUGGUCCAGAGCUCUCAGAUGUUUUUACAGAUGAAAUUGGCUUCAAAGGUGUAGCCGGUGACGCGAACAUCCGAUUCCUCCCAUCCCCCUGGCCCGACGACGCCCUUCCAGCCCCGUCAUCUUCCCUCUUAGCUGUCGCGCAGACUAAAGGCGUGGUUGUAGGUGCUGGCCCCGACGCCCUCGUCGUCGCAAGCACCGAUUCUGUCAAGAAGGCUAUCGAGUCACCAACCGGAGAAGACAAGGUCAAAACGAAACCCUUCCAACCACUAGCAACAAUCCCUCUCCCUGCGCGUCCUACACAUGUGGCGUUUACAUCAGGCGAAGACGCGCUGAUCCUGGCUACGGAAAAUGGUCCGUCAAUCUCGGUCUUUGAGACAGCCAGUCUGGUGCAAGGGAAUGCCCAGCCGGCCUUGUCGGUCCCGACAAACGGCGCGUCGCUGCGCGCUCUGGCACCGAACCCUGAUCCCAGCUCUACUUUGGUUGCGCUCGUCACUGCGAAUGGGGAGUUGCUUGUCGCAGAUCUGAAAGCCGGAAGCUUGGUUCCAGGGCCUGGCGGACUGGUCCUCAAGGAUGCAGUCAGCAGUGUGUGUUGGAGCAACAAAGGAAAGCAGCUAGUCGCUGGGUUAGCGGACGGAACAGGGUAUCAAAUGACUCCGGAUGGAACAAAGAAGGAUGAGGUCCCGCGGCCCCCCGAUCUAGAAGGCGAAUGCCAUGUCUCGUCCGUCGCGUGGCUUGAAAACGAUGUUUUCUUCAUGGUCUACACCCCGAAUGCUCUCGAAGAUGAUAUGGGACAAACCCCGGCGUCUUCAUAUUACAUUAUCACCAGACGAAAGCAGGCGCCAUUUUUGACCCAGAAAUUGCCAGAAAUUUGUUCGACCAUCGGCUUCACUUUGAAACGCACGCCAGCUUACCAGUUCAUUACCCGGCUACGAGAUUACAAGCCUCAUUUGAAGGAUGUUUUGCUUGUUUCGUCAACUGCGUCUACGGAUGUUGGUCUCAUCACGCGGUCUGAUCAACCAUUAGCCAGCGAUGAUACCACCGUCGGCCAGUUCAAGACUGCUGGGGUUAACGACGACACCAAACGGGCCACAAUUCCGUUGAAGGAAUCCUCCGACGAGACUUCGGUGAUUGGCCUGUCAACUGAUCUGUCUAGUACCGAGACUGUGCUUGCACCCAUUCCGGGCGAGGACAUCUCGGAGAGCGCUACGCCACUGCCGAACCUGCUCCUCCUCAACAACGACGGCAUCCUUUCCUCUUGGUGGUUUAUCUACAAUGAAUCUAUCCGCCAGAAAGUGCCAUAUCCCGGCUUGGUGUCAGCCGGCCAAGCUCCGGCCCAGCCUCCGGCCCAGCCUCCUGCCCCGGCGCCGGCUCCGGCGCAACCUGCCUUUGGUCAGUCCUCCUUCGGUAGCCCGUCACCCUUGGGUGCCUCGGCUUUCGGGAAGCCAUCAGGGGCCCCUGCUUUUGGUAGCCAAUCUACAAUGGGUGCAACGGCAUUUGGAAAACCAUCUGCUCCCUCUGCAUUCGGCAGCCCUUCCCCAUUAGGUGGAGGCUCAGCUGCUCCAGCUUUUGGAAAGUCGUCAACCCCUGCGCCCUCUUUCGGAGCCCCUUCACAACCCGGGGCGACUUUCGGUAUGUCUAGUACUCCGGGGCAAGCCCAAUUCGGCAAAUCUGGGUUUGGGGUCAUGGGAUCGACCUUUGGGCAGCCCAGCACUCCAGGAAAGAGCCUUCUUGGUACUGGUGGUGCGUCCACGGGAGGCGGAUUCAGCUCUUUCUCGGGUGGAACUGGAUUUGGUGGCUUCGCUGCCGCCAAACCCGGCGAGUCACCAUUUGCAAAAGCUUCCGGGGAAAGCGCUUUUGCCAAGGGGUCAGCGUCACCUUUUGGAGCUAAGCCUCAAACUGACUCGGUCUUCUCGCCCCCGAAGCCUGCUGAAGUGAAGAAUCCCUUCGGUGGUGCUGGCGCCGGCGGUGCCGGCGGAUUUGUUCUCGGGUCUACUUUCAAGCCCGAUGGCACUGCUGCCAAUGAUGGCCCCAAGCCCGACAAGCCUUCUUCGGGGGCCUUCUCCUUUGGUGGUUCUUUCGAUGAGAUGGUGUCCUCUUCGAGCAAGCCCAGCCCUCCGGCUGAGUCUAUGGACGAUGCGGAGGACUCGACGGCACCACAGCCCCCCAAACCCGAACCCACUUCAAUCUUUGGUGCCCCAAGCAAGCCUCCUUCGCAGACCACAACCUCCAUAUUCGGCACGCAAACGCAGCCUGCCGGCACUACGACCUCCAUUGAGACCAACAAGUCGAGUUUCUCGUUUGGCAACAUCUCUGCUCAGUCUCAAAAUCAGGUGACGAGUCCUGUGUCGGCUCCAUCUGAUAAGACUGCAACGCCGAAGAAAGAGUCCACUCCUACUUUCCCGACAUUGGAGGCGCCCUUACCACCUGACUCUACCACCCGAGCAAGUUAUGCCCCUGGAGACACUUCGGCAUCCUCCAAUGUGUCUAAGAGCUCAGUCGAAGAUGCGCCCCUGCCUCCGGACUUUAUACAAAAGAAGACUCCUCCGGAAGUUGAGGAUGCCCCGCUCCCCCCUGACUUCACGCAGAAGAAGCCUGCCCUGAAGGAGGAAGAUGCUCCGUUGCCUCCUGAUUCCACGAAAAAGAAGCCCACUCCGAAAGAGGAUGAUGCACCUCUCCCUCCAGAUUUCCUCAGCAAACCCAAAAAGCCCGCAAGUCCUCCAGCUGUCCCUGAAGACGCGCCCUUGCCCCCUGACCCUAUGGUCUCCAAGGUCAAGGAGGAACCCACAGAUGAGGCCGUCCCUGUUCCUGACGGCUCCGAUGCGGAUGAGUCUGAUUUCAGCGAUAGUGGCGAGGAAAUCACCCAUGACGAAUCGAAGAUCCCAAGCCUGAAGCCUUCGGCAGAAAGCUCAUUUGGUGCACCGUCUGAGCAAAGCUCCACGGGUGGGUUCUUCAAAGGCUUCUCGAAGCCGACUCAAGACAAAGCACCGGGACAUCUCUUCGGUGAAAUCAUUAAGAAGCCUCCCCUCCCACCUCCUGGACGUGAACCUGAACGGUCCCCUAGCCCCACUCGCGUUAGUUCGCAGAAGAGCAUGUUCCCUAACCGACCUGCAAGCCGCAAGGAGGCCGGGAGCGCUCUGGAUUCGCGGAAGGCCUCCCUCACUCAAAUCGCACAGCGCGAUGGCCAACUGAGAAAAACUAGCGAUAUAGUCCGUGAGGAGCAGGCACGCGCCCAGGCGGAUGCCCAGCGCAAGGAAGAGGAGGAAGCGCUGUCUCUUUCCGACGACGACGAGGACGAGAGGCUUCGUGCUGACCUUGCUCGCCCUGUCGAGCCGGUCUCCACACUUGACCCGUUCUUGCCCCAUCAAAACUACAUGGGCGAGACCGCCAAACCAGGCAUUCCGGGUAUGAUUGAGCGUCUGUACCGGGAUGCUAAUUCCAUGGUCGAUACGCUGGGGAUCAACGCCCGGUCCUUGGAAUCGUUCCUUCUGUAUCAGCAACCAUCACAGGGCACCGAUGUUGCCAAAUGGGUGGACAUCCUGCAAAGUGAGCAGCCGGAAAAUGUGCUGGAUGAGAAGCUGUUCCUUCAUGAUAUCAACAAGCUCGAGGAGGUGGUGACCGUGCUUGCCGGCUCUCUGAACGAGCAGCGUGUGCAAGGAGUGGAAGAGAAACUGGACCAAUGCCGGGACCUCCUGACAAAAGAGAUCGUUACGCUGCGCAGCCAGUUCGCUAGCAUCCGCAAGACCCUUGACGCACACACCGACACCGGUGCUAUCCUCGCGGCACCACUUUCCGCCGAACAAGCCGCCAUCCAGCAUGACCUGCGCACUGCCUUCACAGGCAUUCAGGCUCGCAUGGCCGAUCUCGAGCAGGGUGUGUCUCUCCUUCGCGCCAAGAUCGCCGACAUCCCGCGCGUGGACGCAUCAACUACUAGCUCUCGCCAGUCGACGAAGCGGCCUACCGUCGAAGCCGUCAGCUCGACUAUUGCCACGAUGAUGAGUAUGGCCGAGAGCAAGAGCAGCGACAUUGAUGUUCUGGAGGCACAGAUGCGGAAACUCGGCGUCGAUGUUUCUUCUCCCACCCCCAGCAGCCGGGAAGGAACCCCCUUCACCACGCCCCGGAAGAACACCGGGCGGUUCCCCAAUACCCCCGGCUCGCGUGGCUCCUUGGACGGUAGUGCCUACCACACGCCGGAGUCUGCCUCGCGUGGCAUCAACUUCCGGGCCAGUAUCAAUGGGUCCGCGAAGGCGAGCCGUCUCCAUAGUGUCGAAGGUACAGGGGACUUGGCUGUUUCGCCCGAAGAGAGUACACGCUGGCAGGCGAAGACGCAGCGUCGACAGCAGCUGGUCGGCAACCUAAAGAAGGCGAUCGACAGCAAGAAGACCAAGGUGCGGGGUGUGGACGACCUGUAG